GCGCCCCCACCCAGCGCCGGCCAGGGCGGGCGCAGCGCCCGCGGGCGGCGGUCCUCGGCCUCCCGGGUCUGCGCUCCGGGAGGCGGCUCCGAGCCGGGGUGUUGUUGCUAAUGAGCUCUCUCCUCCCCUCUUACAAUGAAAGACGAGCCAGCCCCCGGGUACCUGGAUGGAUUGAGAGCUGAAGUGUCAGAAACUUCAUAAUAAGUUGCCGAUGGCUACCAGCCAAGGCUGGAGGGUUGUUUUGCAGUUGUGUUGAGCACAUCACCCAUUAAGGGCCCUUUAAAGACCGGGAUUGAUUGGAAGGACGAAAAUUAAAAGCAAUCUGAUCCGGCCUCAUGCCAGAUCCCUGAGGAUUUGCUCCCUAUCCCAUUUCCAUCCACUGUCACAAUUUGAGAGCCUGCCUGAUUUGAUCAGAUUCACCUCUGGGAGAGGUUAAUGCCAAGGUUAGGAGGACACGAAAAAGUUAUGGGCAACUUUUUGAUCUGCCCAUCAGCAGUCUGAGAAACGCUGGCUCUGAGUUUUCCGAAUCGGCCUUUGGGAAGAAACAAGUUCCUCGCUCCUUGCAACCUGGCACUGCUCGAGGCCCUGGGACAUCCAGCCACCGUUGCCUGGUACAUGUGGCACUUCCAUGCUGAGGCCCAGAGUCCCGCCUGACCCAGCCGCUGCCUCUCCAGGGCCUCUCUGGGCCACGCCCCUUCCGACAGCGCAGCCAUGCUGCACCUGCUGGCACUUUUCCUGCACUGCCUCCCGCUGGCCUCUGGGGACUACGACAUCUGCAAAUCCUGGGUGACCACAGAUGAGGGCCCCACCUGGGAGUUCUACGCCUGCCAGCCCAAGGUGAUGCGGCUGAAGGACUAUGUCAAGGUGAAGGUGGAACCCUCAGGCAUCACGUGCGGAGACCCCCCUGAGAGAUUCUGCUCCCACGAGAACCCCUACCUGUGCAGCAACGAGUGCGACGCCUCCAACCCAGACCUGGCCCACCCGCCCCGGCUCAUGUUCGACAAGGAGGAUGAGGGCCUGGCCACGUAUUGGCAGAGCGUCACGUGGAGCCGCUACCCGAGCCCGCUGGAAGCCAACAUCACCCUGUCGUGGAACAAGAGCGUGGAGCUGACGGACGACGUGGUGGUGACCUUCGAGUACGGCCGGCCCACAGUCAUGGUCCUGGAGAAGUCCCUGGACAACGGGCGCACGUGGCAGCCCUACCAGUUCUACGCCGAGGACUGCAUGGAGGCCUUCGGGAUGGCCGCGCGCCGGGCCCGCGACCUGUCGUCCUCGGGCGCCCACCGCGUGCUGUGCACCGAGGAGUACUCGCGCUGGGCGGGCUCCAAGAAGGAGAAGCACGUGCGCUUCGAGGUGCGGGACCGCCUGGCCAUCUUCGCCGGCCCCGACCUGCGCAACAUGGGCAACCUGUACACGCGGCUGGAGAGCGCCAAGGGCCUCAAGGAGUUCUUCACCCUCACGGACCUGCGCAUGCGGCUGCUGCGCCCCGCGCUGGGGGGCACCUACGUGCAGCGGGAGAACCUCUACAAGUACUUCUAUGCCAUCUCCAACAUCGAGGUCAUUGGCAGGUGCAAGUGCAACCUGCACGCUAACCUGUGCUCUGUGCGGGAGGGCAGCCUGCAGUGUGAGUGUGAGCACAACACCACAGGCCCCGACUGUGGCAGGUGCAAGAGGAACUUCCGCACGCGGUCCUGGCGCGCCGGCUCCUACCUGCCGCUGCCCCACGGCUCUCCCAAUGCCUGUGCUGCUGCAGGCUCAGCUGUUGGCAGCAUCAGCGGGCCCCAGAAAGACCCCAUCCCCAAAGCCCCUGUGGCCACUGUGGCCAUGAGAGGGGACCCCAGCACUCCUGCCCCCUCCACAUCCACUGGGCAGGCCCCUAUGGCCCCCAGCACCCCGCAGCCCACAGGAGGGUCCCAAGACUGGCAUGGCCGAGAAGACAGGGUGACUGAGGAAGAGGGUAGUGCUGAGAGGCAUCAAGACCACGCAAGGUUCACCCAAAGCCUGUCUCUCAGGGGAGCUCCUCCCUCAGUGCUCCACGAAGCUGGCCCACCACCCCACCCCCUGCUCUGCCUCCAGCACCCAAGCAGCCGACCCGUAGGAAUGGUCAGCACAGAGUUAGCCAGGAAGAGUGGAUCGGGCCAUCUACCGCUGCCCCCCUUGGGGAGAGCUACCCCUGGCCCCAGAUGGCCUCCACUGCAGAAGCUGUGGGCACCUCGGCCGCCGCCCCUGCCCCUGCCCCAGCCUCCAAACCUUUCCAGCUCAAGCCCAAAUCUGCUCAAGUGGUGCCCAUUGAAGAGUUCCAAGGUAAGAGGAAGGUCCCCGGGCCAGACCAGCCCUCCUCCACCACCUCUCCCCUCGCCUCCAUUGGAAAACAAUGAUGCAGGACGAAGGACCCAGGCCUGGCUCAGAAAACCCUCCUGGAGUAGCUGGGUCAAGGUGAAACCAAGCCUCUCUUCCCUCCGUCCUCCCUCCCCAAGGGAGCUGGGAGCAGGUAUGAGUCAGAAGCACAGUGGGCAGGCACAGGGCAGGCAGAGCGGCUACCAGAAAUAGCCUGUCCUGGCUCCCCUGGGAGGUGUGGCCCAGGGGCUCGUCUCGGUUGAAGCAAGAGCUGGGACACAGGGGUCACUGACACUACUCCUUGAGACACCUGGAUGCCUCACCGGCUUAUUGUGCCUGGAGGGACAGGUGAGAAGGGGGCAGGUCCAGGAGGCCCAAGGUGUGGCAUGCCCGCUGUCGCCUCCCGGGUAUGGCUCUGAGGCUCGUUUCUCCAAGGUUUCCCCUGCCCUUGACCACCAAGGGACAGCCGCCUCCUUGGGCAGGGAGCAAAGCCCUGGGUCUUCACGAUGCCUUGUCCGGGCAGUCAUAGGACUCGCCCAGUCCCCAGAGCAGGGGGAGGGCUGGAGGAGACGGCAGGGUGGCACAGAGAUCCCUGUCCUCAUUUUGGAGCCGUGCACGGGCAGGAAGAGUCUGAAGCCAGGCCGAGACGACCAGGAGGCAAAACGAGAUGCCCCGGGGCACGAACCCUAAGAUGGCAUUCAUUCUCAGGGUUGUGCAAGAGGAGGCCCUCUGGUGCCAAUCAGAUUUGCAGAACAGCUCAGGCUAAUAAUAAAAGGUCUGGCAGGUGGGCGUUUUCCUUCCAACCAUCUUCCAAAGCAGCAUGUGGAGGAAGCUCCUGGCCCAUUCCAUCCU